AUGGCGCUACGACGGGCUGUAAAGACCGUGUUGUUUGCCGUGCUCACGGUGGCUACUCGAGCGCAGAUUCAGCCUCUGAACAUCUCGGCCGUGGAUGGCAUCUCCUCCACUUGCAUUGCGGUUCUCAACCAGCAGGUCACUUGCGAUGCCAGCCUACUCUCAGCUGCAGAUGCUCUUGAGGGCGCCCCUGUUUUUGGCAGCCCUAUCUUUCUCUCAUCUUCACAGCUCACGACCUUAUGUACCUCUGCAUGCUCAAGUUCAUUAUUGAACUGGGAGAGGAGAAUAGCAGGUGCUUGUGGAUCGACUUUGAACGAACAGCCCGAUGGCGGGAAGUCUGCACCGGCGUCAUUGGCGCAAGAAUUUGUUGAAGUCUUCAAUUCAGUGUGUCUAAAGAACUCGCACACCCGCUUCGACCGCCGUCUGCAACGACUGUUAUCUUUCCCUGAUGUCAACUCAGCUGGCCAUGCCCAUUGCCUCAACAAGUUUGCUUGCCUCCGCAUUUACCGUAUUGACUUCUUCAUGUCAAAAGACAGGAUGGACACUGUCUCCUCCGCCAACUGCAACUACAUUCACUGUUCGGCCAUCCCCUGUAACCUCAACUGCGCCGGAAUGCACAGGAACGUCCUACACGGUCUCGUCGUCAGACACUUGUCAGACACGUGCAAGUCUCUGCAGAAGCAGUUCGGUAUUACGUAUGCUCAGCUUUCAGGCUGGAAUCCCUCCUUGGGUCCGAAGUGCAAUAACAUCGCUCGAUCCGUUGGGUUUGCCAUCUGUGUGUCCGCUCCAGGUGGCGCAUGGGUUAACCCAAACCCAGGAGAAACAACCAAGACGUCGAGGCCCUCAGAUCCACCAAUCUGGACGGCAACACUGAAACCAAUGGACUCUUAUCCUACAGCAACUUUUGUUCCCUCUUCGGAAGUCGCUCCAUACGCCAACGGUACCCGCAUGGACUGUGCCACAUAUGUAACGGCUCCCAUUCUUACAAACUAUACCUUGAACAAUGGCACAACAAGCUUUGCUUGUGAUGACGCAGCCAAGCAGUUUGGGAUCAGCCUGGAAACAUUUCUUGAAUACAAUCCGUCCUUGAAUGGAUCCAGCCCAUGUUUGAUGACCAACUACACGCAGUACUGUGUACAGACGAUCGCAAAGGUGUCUUCUGGUAUCGUCGGAGCCUGUGUUGAAACAGACAUCUCCCCUACCGGAUUCGACUGCAACAAGUUUGUGUCAAGUCAUGGGCUUGACAAGGACCAAUUUGUCCUGUGGAACCCAGAAGUUGGUUCCAACUGCGAGAACUUCACAGUCGGAACUCACUACUGCGUAGCUGUGCUACAUUACAAGCAGCCGGGUAUCACCUCGAAUUGCAACCUGUUUGUUGCGGCCAAUGAUACGGACUGGGCGGAUCAGCCGUGUCAGAUCAUAGAGACGCAGUACGGUAUCAGCCAUGCGCGGUUCGUGGCGUGGAACCCGGCAGUCAAGAACAACUGUACAGGCACUGCAUCUGCCCCUUGGACUCAUGGAACCAAACCAGUCACCGACGCGACCAGUGUCCAGGUUCAAGGGGGACCUAUCUCGUUGACGAGCGAUUCACAAGCGGCAAGCGUAACGCAAAGUGUUGUCUCGACGACUAGUGAUAUUAGAAUUACAGGUGCUGGUCCUAGCAUUUCUAGCUCUUCGGUAGCGAGUGUGAACAUACGGUAG